AAUCAAGAGUCAGAUCCUCAACCGACUGAGCCACCCAGGCACCGCCCCCGCCCCCCCCACCAUGCAUGAGUGUUUGAGGAGCUACCUCAAACUGCACCCUCCUCCUUUCCUUCUGCAGUAACACUCUAGUUGUUUCAAAACUCCCCUGCUCCUGCAGCAGCAGUCCGAGAUCUGGAAUAGGACGGAGGGGUGGUAGGGUGGAAGAAGGGGACCCAGGACAGGAGACCCUAGAAUGUGGUGGGGAAGGGCUCUGGGGUCUAAAUGCCUGGGCCCCAGUUCUGGCUUCUCUGCUUACUCUGGGGAUGGCUGACAGAAUCAUGGCCCCCAGAGAUGUUUCCAUCCUAAUCCCCGGACCCUUGAGAGAGUAUGGUAACUUACUCAGCAAAAGGGACUUUGCAGAUGUGACUAAGGAUUCAGGGGGUGGGAUUAUCCUGUGGGCCAAUGUAAUCACAGGGGUAUUUGUAGCAGAGAGGUCAGGCGGGUCAGGGCCAGAGGAUAUAUGAGCAUGGACGCAGAGACUGGCAUGACCAGUGGGCGUGGCCACCAGAAAGCCAGAAAAGGCAAGGAACGGACUGUCCCCUGGAGCCUUCAGAAGAAACACAGCCCUGCCGACCUGUUAUAGACUCUGAUCUCCAGAACCCUAAGACAAUAAAUUUGUAUGGUUUGAAGCCAUGAAGUGUGUGGUCGUAUGUCACAGCAGCGACAGAGAAGGAGCACCUUAGGUGUGCGACUUGAGCUGGUCGCUGAGCUUCUCAAGGCCACACCUUUCAUAUCUGUGAGUGGAAAGGACAGUGAUGCCAGUUGAGGCUUGCCCUGAGGACAAAUCAGGAAAUGAAUGGAUGGUGUUAGGUGCGGAGCCUGACAUCAGCUGACACGUUCUUCCCUGCUAGACCACAAGCACCACAAGAAUUAAGAAAUUGUGUCCACUUGGUUUAAGGCCAACCUCAAGUGCUGAGCAGUGUCUGGCCCUUGGUGGGCCUGGACACGUCUGCGCUGAAAGAAGGGAGAGUGAGAGCUGCCUUUCUGGGCGGGGUCGGGGCCCCAGGCCCCAAGUUCCAGGGGAAGAGGUCAUUUGAGAGAGGAUAAUCAUCUUUUUGUAACGACCACGCUGAGGAUUAGAAUAGAGGAGACAAGGACCACAAAGACUCCUAGUAUGGUGCCAGGCACAUGCCAUCUGCCCAGUGGAGGGGAAAUGGAAACCACUUUUCCCUCCCUGUCCCUCCCUCCUGUCUGUCUCUCUUCACUCAAGUCAACAGAGGCCCAGGCCAUACUGUGUUCCAGGCUGCCUGUCUGGCCUGUUGAGAAAACAGUGAAAAAUCCCCGAGCGAAGAGGCUUACAGGCCCGUGGCUACCUCCCUGGGUCCCGCAGCACCUGCUCCUGUUGGGAAGCUGUAAGCACACCUGUUAGGGCACAGGCCCCACCCCCCUGGAGCCUAGCCGCCCCUAGGAAGGGUGGGGCUGGUUGCCAAGGUGCCAAGGCCUCAGGUAGCAGCUAUCUUGGGUUGCGGAUCCGGAAGCAGGAAGUAGCCUGUGUUCUCAGGACCUGGCAACUGGCUGACUGGGGGAGCCUGGAGGCUGGCUGGAGCUGAGAUGGCCUUGGCAGAAGACCUGGAGAAGGAGCUGGAGACCACGGCCCAGGAAGUGCUGGGGAAACUGAGGAGCCGUCAGCUGUUCCAGUCCAGGUGGGACACUGCUGCCUUCAUCAUUUUUCUCAUCUUCCUUGGCACUGUGUUGCUGCUGCUGCUGCUUGUUUGCAUCCACUGCUGCUGCUAUAGCUGCUGCAGCCGCCGCACCUCCAGAUCCCAGAAGGUGAGCCCCGAUCAGGAACACCGCAGGGGUGUGGAUAACUUGGCCCUGGAACCUUAACACACCGAGCCCCCCAGCCCCUCUGCCCGUGUGUCCUGCUGGGCAACAGGAACAAUGCCUUGUUUGUCCAGAA